ACCCGGGACCCUUCAGUCCGUCGGCCGACGCUCUAACCACUGAACAACCGGCCGGGCGGUUAGCCGAUUCUUGAAAGCAAGUAGUUCUCUAGAAUUACUGCCCUGUGGUGCGGAAGCUCACAUCUUUCAUUUUCAUUACAUCAGAAAAUAAGGUGCUUUAACCUUGCUUUGGAGAUGGCGGCCCCCGGACUCGCCCUCGGUGCCUUCCUGCUCCUGUCGCAUGUCCUUUGGGUGGCUGCUUACCCCGACGGGAGAGUGGCGGUGUCCUGCCAGGACAUGACGCCUAAGCACAACCACGACGCCCGCCCCGAUCCUCCCAUUCACCGCAUUUCCGCGACUCAGACGACGUUCUCGCCGGGGGACCGGAUCGAAGUUACUCUGUCGGGGCCGGAAUUUAAAGGCUUCCUCCUAGAGGCCCGUGAUGCCGAGGACGUGAACGGCCCCCCCGUCGGCUCCUUCACGCUGAAUGACAGUCGGGUGUCCCAGCUUCUGACUUGUGGAGAUAAACAGGGAUCGGCCGUGAGCCACACAAACGCGCACAAGAAAACAGAAAUUAAAGUCUUCUGGGACGCCCCGAGCAGCGCCCCGAGUCACAUCCGGUUUCUGGCCACGGUUGUCGAGAAGUAUAAAACCUACUGGGUGAAGAUUCCUAGUCCUGUCAUCUCACAGCCGAAAGCACCUCCUUUUUCGACACCCGAAGCUACGCUGGCGCCUGCGUCAACCUCACCUCCCGUCUCCCACUUAACCGGACCAUUCAGCGCCUCAGACUGUGGGAGCCGCAAGUUGUGCGUGCGGAGCCCUGCGGCCUGCGCCCCGGAGCAGCGCCCCUGCCUCUUUCUGUCCUUCAGGCGAGACGGCCCGGCCGUGCUGGUGGAGAUGAGCGGCCCCGGCAAGGGCUACCUGUCGUUCGCGCUGUCCCACGACAGGUGGAUGGGCGACGACGAUGCUUACCUGUGCAUCCGCGAGGACCAGACGGUGCACAUUCGCCCCUCCUACCUGACCGGGCGGAGCCACCCCGCGCUGGACUCCCGGGACACGCUCGAGGACAUGGCCUGGAGGCUGGAGGACGGUGUUAUGCAAUGUUCUUUCAGAAGAAACAUCACCCUUCCCGGGGUGAAGAACAGAUUUGAUCUGAACACAAGCUACUACAUAUUCCUAGCAACUGGUGCAGCUAGUGAUGGUCGGAUUUAUAGGCACUCGCAGCAGCCUCUGGUCACCUAUGAAAAGCACGCCGUCACAGAUGACCUGAGGGACGCGGGCGCGUCGCGGGCCCCGCCCCUUCUGAGGGCCCACGGGGUCUUGAUGCUGGUGGCGUGGAUGACGACCGUCAGCAUAGGCGUAAUCGUCGCCCGGUUCUUCAAGCCGGUGUUGUCAAGGCCUUUCUUCGGUGAAUCAGUGUGGUUUCAGGUGCACCGCACGCUCAUGCUCACCGCCUGCGCCCUCACCUGCAUCGCUUUCACCCUGCCUUUCAUCUACCGGGGAGGCUGGAGCUGGCGCGCAGGUUACCACCCCUACCUCGGCUGCCUGGUGCUGACGUUGGCGGUCCUGCAGCCCCUCCUGGCCGCCUUGAGACCACCUUUACACCACCCCAGAAGGCACCUGUUCAACUGGACCCACUGGGGGAUGGGCACAGCUGCUAGAAUAAUAGCAGUGGCAGCGAUGUUUCUGGGCAUGGAUUUACCGGGACUGAACUUUCCCGGCCCGUGGAAAACCUACACGAUGAUUGGGUUUGUCGCCUGGCACGUGGGGGCCGAGAUUGUCCUGGAGUUGAAAUACUGGAUGAUACUAGAAUUCAGAUUAUGCAGCCAUUUGCCAUGGCUGAGGCAGAAGGCCACGCUUUUAAAAAGGCGGUGUUAGCGGUGUAUGUCUGUGGGAACGUGACUUUCCUCAUCAUAUUCUUAUCUGCUAUCAACCGGCUGUGAGCAGAGGCCUCGCCGUUGCCACCAGGUAACAGUUCCCGUGGAGCCCAGGAGACCCGAGGCCUGUACCGACCGCCUGGGGCGCGGCUGUGGAUUCUCACGUGGACGCCAGGUGGAGACCAGGCCGUGUGCACAGAGGCAUUCUGACCUCUGGCCUUCAGGUGACCAAGCAGCAGGGUCCCGUGGACUAUGAUGCGAUGUCUAGCCUUUAUGUGCGAGAAGGUCGAGGAGAAGUGACCCUUAGAUAUUUCUCUUUUCUCUCCUUUUUAUUGAAUGU